CACACAUGCUCGCACGCCAAGCACCGCUAAGCUCUUACUACCUCUGGUGUGUGCCUGAGCCAGGAUGGAGAAUAUUAGCAACAGCCUGAAGAGUAAAGCAACCGAGAGACAUCACAGGGCAGAGGUGAUGAUUGCAGGAGAGCAGCUGAGGCUUCGACUUCAUGAUGGAAAGCUCAUUAAGGACAGGCGCCACCACCUUCGAACGUACCCCAACUGCUUUGUUGCAAAGGAGCUUACAGACUGGCUGAUUGACCACAAGGAAGCACCAGACCGAGAGACGGGUAUCCGCCUAAUGCAGAAGCUAAUGGACCAUUAUAUCAUCCAUCAUGUUUGUGAUGAACACUCAGACUACAAGGACGCCAAGUUGCUGUACCGUUUCCGCAAGGACGACGGGACCUUCCCUCUCAACAAGGAUGUAAAGGUGUUCAUGAGGGGGCAGAGCCUUUAUGAGACGUUGAUCAAUGUAGAAGACUCCUUACUGAAGGUGAGAGAGGAGAAUUCUGUGAAGUACCAGAGGACAUUCCUGGGCUGUGAAAUGAUUGACUGGCUCAUCCAGGAAGGGGAGACAGCAAACAGAAAGGAAGCUGUGGAGCUGGGGCGAGCACUGUUGGAACAUGGGAUCAUUCAGCAUGUCUCCAGCAAGCACCACUUCUUUGACAGUAACCUGCUCUACCAGUUCUGGAUCAACUUCCGCCGGAGGCGACGGCUCACGGAGCUGCUCAACGAGAACUCGCCCCGGGCUUUGUCAGAGAGCCCUGACAGCCCCUUCUGCCUCCGCAAGCUCAACCCAGAGCAAGGCAACUCCAGCUUCCUCUCGGUCCAGCCCAACAAGGAGAUCAAAAUAGUCUCAGCAGUUCGGAGGAGCAGCGUCACCUCUCUUGCCGGAAGUUCCAACCCCUAUUUCACUCCUACACCCAGCCUGGGAUUCCUGCCAGCAGCUGAAUGCAACCCCAAAUCGGUGCUAAAGAGGCCUGUCACCAAUGAGGAGCUCCUGUCCCCUGGGGCUCCAUACAUCAAGAAAACGCUAACCAUUGUGGGGGAUGCUGUGGGCUGGGGGUUUGUGGUCCGUGGAGGGAGACCCUGCCAUAUCCAGGCUGUGGACCCAGGAGGACCUGCUGCUGCAGCAGGCAUGAAGGUGUGUCAGUUUGUUUUCUCUGUGAACGGAAUGUACGUUCUGCAUUUGGAUUAUCCGACCAUCAGCAGCCUCAUUAUGACGGGACCGCGAACGCUUGUUCUGGAGGUCAUGGAAGCCAUUGAAUGAGUGAAAAAUCCUCUCCCCAUCACUGUUCCAAGAGGCAGGAUACUUCAGCUUCUAAAGGAUGGAAUGAUCAGUUACAUGAUUCUGCUAAAAUUAGGGGAAGGACCAAACCUGGUCUCUCAUUCUAAGAGAUUAGGCCUGAAAUGUAGCCUGACAUCUUGACUUGUCUUAAGUAAUUGGAAUCUGAUGGGGCAGGUCUCUUGGGCUCAGACAGGACUGAGGUAUUUGUGGCUCAGUGCCUAAUCCUGAGAGAUGAUGAGCACCCACAACUCCUUUUAGAGUCAAUGGGGGUGCUCAACCACACUCAGGAUUGGGUCCUUAGUGCACAUGGUCCUUUCACCUACAAGGACCUGAGGUCAAGUCGCAAGUCAAGUAAGAAUUGAACUGAGUUUGUUUGAUCUCCAGGAACCAGUAAGUGAUGAAAAGCUUGUUGUUUUUGUUUAAAAAAACCUACCAUUCUGGUUGAUGACCCUGAGCAGAAUACCUGAGCUCAGGAGAGCCAACUAAAAACACUUAUCUGAAAGCUGUACACAUUCCAGAUGAUGCAGUACAUGGUGCUGGUGACCACAUCAAGAAAUAAAGGAAAGAAUGCCACAGUGAGUUAUGUUUCCUUAUAAACAGGAAAGAGACACCUUUUCCAGAUGGAAUCUGACAUACUCAAGGGAAAUAACUUUUAUUUUUGAAGCAUCUAAGAGAUUUCCAACAUUUACAUUUUUAAAAAUGUCUUUUUAAACUAUAUUUUUAAAACUCCUGUAGCUGAAAGUGUCUUUUUUAAAUAAAAUCUGUUUCGAUGCUGAUUUGUCAAUGUUUUAAUAUUUGAUUAGAUAGUUUCUCUUCGAUCUCUUUCUUCAGUGCUCCUCCCUCUAAUGGUGUGAUGUCUCAUAAAACUGAUAUUCUAUAGACUUGUAAUACAAAUAAUAAAAAAAUAAAUAACCAAAGAAAUAUUGGUCUAACUGUUGUGCCAGUUGGGCACAGGCUUGUUUUCCAGAGACUUAAAAUCCAAUAGGAGGCAGAGAUCUAAUCCAACAUCCAGUGAUCAUCUUUUACAGUGACAUUGGUGCAAUGUGGAGGAUGGGUAGCGUCCAACUUUUUUUUUUUUACCUUGACCGUUCAGGCCAAAAUGUAAGAAGACUCCACAUUAGGACUGAUAGAAAAAUGGAAUUUCCAUCUGAUGGGUAAUUCGAAUAUCGCUACAUUUUUGUUUUCAUCCUGAAUUCGGAUAUGAUAUCAAUAUGUGCAGGUUUUUUUCAGAAUGAGAAGCUCCAGAAAAUGUCAAUUUGGAAAUAGAAAAAUGCUUUAAUGUUAAUCUCUACAUCCUCCAGAGAUGCUGUAAGGCCCCAUUCUCCCCUAGGGGCCUUGCUCUCCAUAAUACAUCUCCCACCAUACAUCAUGGUUUCUCCCCACAGCUGAGUUUCCAUGGGGCCUGAUGGGCCUCUUUCUUGUGGAAAAUUUCUGUUCUGAUAAAUCGUUUUGCAAUGGGAAAACGUCUAAUUUGGAAUUUUGUCUUCAUGUGGAGUAGGGCUGAUACAAUUACCAAUGUGGGAUUGGAUUUGUAUUUC